AUGUUUAAACUCAUUAUUGCUUUGUCAUUAUUCGUUGCCAUUCAAGGUCAACUUGUCGGUGGUUUUACAAAUCGUCCUGAUCUUAUUGGAAGUCCAGCAACAAAAGCUAUGGUCAAAUUGGCAACUAAUGAAUUAGCAAAAUCACAAAACCGCGUUGUGUCAUCCCUCGAAGUUCUUAGUGUAGCAACUCAAGUUGUCAAUGGCAUCAACUAUCGUAUUGUUUUUUCAGCUCGUCCAUAUACAUCAGAUGCUCUUCUUAUCUGUGAAACUAAAAUUUAUCAACAAUUCAGUGGCGCACAAUCCGUUUCUUCAGUUCAGUGUUUUUAA